CUUUCCCAGCCAAGCCUGGCUUCCCCAGACUCGCUCCCUAAGCCCGUCCUCCAUCUCCUGACGCCUUAUAGCAGCCUUGCCACCCAGUCCAGGCGUCCCCUUCGCCCCGCCCAUGCACUGCUAGCUCCCGUCCAUAUGGUCAAGAACGCCUCCCGCAUGACUCCAGACAGCGGCACCCCCGGGCCUUCCAACGGCCUGAGGAGAAAAUCAGAGGAGGAGGAUGUCCGUCUUAGCAAAAAGCCGCGCACUCGGGUUAGCUAUUCUUGCGGCGAAUGUCACCGCCGCAAGCAGAAGUGCGAUAGGCAGAUCCCUUGCUCGCAUUGUAUAGCUCGCAAGGUCCCAGAACUAUGCAAGGCCUAUACCCCGGGGAAGACAGAUCAGGACGUCCAUGUCCGUCUCGCCCGCCUUGAACAUAUAGUGGAAACCGCGCUCCCUUCAUACUGGAACCGGAGUCAUAGCCCGGGCACUCCUGACAUUGGCAGCGAGCGGAGACGGUCGUCUUCCCCCAUGGAGGAUGGCAACAGGUCGCAGGCCGAAGAGGAGGAUCCUUGCGGGGGAAUGUUCGAGAGCGGACGUUGGUUUGGCAAAAGCGCUUCGGGAAGCGUCGCUGCACCCGUUGUGCUGGAGCAGCUGCAACAUGUCGAGAAGCUAUCCGCCGGAGACACGUUACCAGCGUCUCAACUUCCGGCAGACAUCUUUCAGCCAGACUCCAAGUUGUUGGCUACACUCGAGCCCCAGAACGCCGCGGACAAGCUCCAGCUAUUGAUAUCCGACUAUGGCUUCUCCCCCACUAGAGUUCCAAAACUCAUUAAUGAACUCCCUCCGCGCCAUCUAUCCGACCGUUUGGUCGACUACUACUUCAGUGCUAUCAAUUGGACUCGCUACCCGAUACCAGAGCGAGACUUCCGCACGGCGUACUCCGCCAUUUGCGCUGAGGGGAUGACGCCCAACCCCAACAAUCUACGGUUCCUCCCGCUACUAUUCGUGGUUCUCUCCAUAGCUAUCCGAUUGGCUCCUGAGCACAUUGGCGGCGACGAGCGCUCGCGCAAGCUGACGUCCUCGCGAUACUAUUGGUCUUCACGCCGCGCGUUGGUCAUCACAGCGGCUAUCCAGCCGGACUGCUUCGAGAUGGUGCUGACUCGCAUGCUGAGCGCCCGGUUCCUCAUUCUCGAUCGCAGAAUGACAGAGUCUUGGAAUCAGCUUGGUGCUGCCGUCCGGACCGCUCAGGCCCUUGGUUUACACCGUGAUGGUGCUGACAUGGGUAUGGACCUUGUACAAGUAGAGAAGCGCCGGCGCAUAUGGUCGCAUCUGUAUCACGCUGACCGGUCAAUAGCUCUGGUGCUCGGCAGGCCAAUAGCGAUCCAAGACAAUUACACUUCUACACAUUCUCCGUCCAACGUCGAUGACUUCGUUACGUCGGAUCUGCGGAAGCCGCUGCCUCUGACUACUCCCACUCCGUCUACGUUCAUGAUCCUACGUCACCAUCUCGCCGGUAUCAUGGGUCGUAUGUCACACCACUUCCAGCAAGUGCGCAGUGCGCACCACUACUCCGACGUCCUUGCCCUCGACGAUGAGCUGCUGAAAUUCAUGCAGACUCUUCCGCCGCACUACGCCAUCGAACCCGACACUUCUCUUGAUCAGUCUCACCCGUACAUACCCAUCCACCGCUUCCUGCUCGUGACUGAAAUCCUUUUCGUGCGGAUCACCCUGAAUAGGCCCUACCUCCUACGCCGGCUAGGCUCGGACCGGUACUUGCGCUCGCGGAGGGCCUGCUUCGAGUCUGCGCUGACUGACUACAGGAUACGCCGGGCAUUCUUAGCCACGACGACUAAGGAAGCUCGGGACCCUAUAGCCAGUGCUUAUCGCGAAUUCCAAUCUGCCAUGAUCAGUGGAAUCUACCUCGUCCUCUACCCACGGGGGAACGACGCCGACAACAUGCACUCGGUCCUGGAUAGCUUCCUGGAAGGCCGCGAGGGGAAGGGAAAGGAAACAGAUGAAACCACUCGGAGGGAAGUGAACAUCAUUCAGUUCCUGAAGGAGCGGUCGACACAGAUGGCGGAGGCUGCCGCGCAUGCUGCUCAGCAGCACGGUGAGGCAUCGAGCUCCAAGAAGCCGAACAUGACCCUUAACCUCCGGGAAUACUUGCAAAAGCCCGCCAUGCACCCUGUGGCACCGUCUGUCGCUGGGCCUUCUCUGUCCUCCGUCCCGUCAUAUCCCAUCGGUACUCACCCUCUCGCCAACCUGCCAUACAUGCCCUCGACUCAUGCCACCGCUAUCCCUUCUCACCUACAACACACCGAAGGCGGCUCAGGCUCGCAAUCAGGGACUGGCAGCCCUCCGGGAGAAAUGGACUCGGAAUCGACCGCCCAGACACUGCUCGAUCAGUGGUGCAACAUCUUCAGCGGCGGACCGACGGACGACUCCACUGGUGCUUCGGCUCGGUUGCCUUGGGGCACACCGGGGUUGACUGACCUGACGGGGUGGCCGUUACCCACGACGCCGAACAUGGGCGCCGAGCCCUUGCCUGGCCUCGACGGGUCGGACUGGAGUUACUGGGAGUCGCUAGUGAACCAGAUCCGCAGUAGUCCCGUGUUAAGUUGCCAUUUUCGUGCUUCAGCACUUUCCUCAUUCGACAUCGCUUGCAGAAUGAGCAAGCGGACCAGAACCGAAAACCGUUCCGCCCCAGAUCAUGAACCCGUCGCGAAGAAGUCUCGUACAGAGGCUCCUUCCUCUGUCGCUCAGCCAACCGCACCAGGGACGAUCAAGAUCCUUUCAUGGAACGUCGAGACACCCGUCCCCUUCCUCGACCUUACCCCGCGGAAAGCAGGACCCUCGUCAGUCAAGCCUGCAAGCAACCUCUCUCUGCUACGUGACGUGAUCGCGAGACAUGGGUACCCGGAGUUUAUCUGCCUACAAGAAGUCCGUGCCCGGCACACGGACAAAGAAUGGAUCGCAUCCCUGAAGAACGCGCCCAACGGGAAGGGUGAUGGACCACAGUACACCACGUUCACGUCGCUCAACCGCGCGCCUCGCGGGCAAAGGCAUUUCGGGGUUGUCACAUAUGCCAAGAACCCAGACGACAUCGCAAACGCGCGGGAGGUCGACUGGGACGCAGAGGGACGUGUCAUGAUCCUCGAGAUGAAGAGCGGCUGGGCGCUGGUGAACGUGUACGCGCUCAACGGGAGCGAGUACAUGUGGAGGGACGCGACGGGGCGGAGCCCGCCGAAGACUCGCAACGAGCGCAAGCGCGAGUUCAACCAGCUGCUCAUGCAGGAGUGCCGGAUGAUGCAGCAGCGGGGCCUGCGACUCGUACUCGUGGGCGACUUCAACAUCUCCCUCACGAAGCGCGACUGCGUCCCUCGGCUGCGAACGGAGUACCCGCAUUCCCUCGCGCGGAAGGAGUUUAUGGACAACAUCAUUGCGGGGCUGGACGUCGUGGACGUGUACCGCACUCUGCAUGGAGACCGGUCUGCGUUGAGCUGGUUCGCGAAGGGCAAGCCUCAAGGGUCGGACGCUGCGCGGGUGGACUAUGCGCUCGUCGAGCGAUCUAUCGCUGACCGCGUCACGGAGUCGGAGUACUUCCAAGACCCUGAGGAGCGUGCCCACAGCGAUCACGCACCGUUCAUCCUCGCGGUGCGGGAUAUGGACAGUCUGCCACCUCCAAUGCUACUGCCUGCACCUUCACAGCAGGAAAUGCAGCCAUCUCUCCCAUCGGCGGAAGCUGCACCGCAACAAAUCUCGCCGACGCAGAGCUUGGCCCCGCCUGGAACGGGCUCCGACGAAGGAUCACAAUCCACUCCCGACUCGGCCAUUGAUCCAUCCUUGCAGAUGGAUCCUCAGGCAUUUGGUCUCCUGGUGGAGCAAGCCGUGGCCGCAUCCACAGCAGCAACGUCCUAA